GCCAUUGGCGAACAGUUUUUGAUUGGUCACUGUAAAUCACGUGGUUUUUCCGCCAUCUUGUACCCCAUGACGUCAUUAAUGACGUUACUGAUGACGUUUAUUGACAUCAUGCUAACUGUUGCUCAUGUUAAAUCUGAGGCGUUCUAUUUGGGUGUCACAGACUGGACGGAAAUUCUGGCUACCCGGAACCUCCAGCUGCAUCUGUGAAGAUCAUUUUGAUGCAUCACAAUGGGAAACAGUGCGUGUAGAUGGGUCUAGAAAACUCCGACGUUUUGCAAUACCUUUGCGUGCAGAAAAUAAUAAAAACGUUUCAAAAUUUGUCACAAUGCAUGAUCAUAAGUAUACUGUUGACGCAAGUCAGCGUCUUCCCUUUCAAGACCUCACUACACAAAUGAACUCAUCUCAUGACAACAAUUAUAUCUCAAUUCAAUGUGUGCCAUCAAGAUCCAUUCAAGUUGCAGGAAGUCCAGUAAUAACCUGGAAUCGACACGCGGAAAAGGCACGAUGAGAAAAAUUCUUCGAGGGGGAGAUGGCGGGGAAACUCCUCAAAGAAUAGAGAAUGCUGGACGUGUGGGAAGACAGGGCAUUUCCGUUCGGAAUGCCCGGAGGAAAAGGGAAACGCGGUUUAGUUGAGCUACGCGGGGGGAGCUCAACUUUCUCCCAAA